AUGCAUAUCCUCGUCACCCUCCCUCACCGUCUCAACCCAUCACUGCCCGCGCCACCCCAGCAAGUGAGUACGGUGCCGCCAUACGACUCUCGCGACCACCACGCCCUGCCCGUGUUCCGGCAUCUGAUGACCCAAGUUCUCCCCCAGCUGCUGGGCAGCAGCAGCUCGAACUCAGACAAGCAUGCCGCCGCCGUGCCAGACCUCCAGUUUGAAGUCACCACCGACUCGACCGAGGUCUCCUCGAUUGCUUGCUAUUUGGGACGCCGAUGGGUCUCUGACAAGGCCAAGGGCUUUGACUUGGAGACCGGAGACUGGAGGGGAUAA